AUGAUCCAAGAAGUGAUAGGAGAGAGCCAGAAGGUGGGUCACCGGUCACCCACAGGAGAGCUUUGCUGCACACCACUUCAGUCCAGAGAAGGAGAUUUGGCUGUGGCUUUAGAGAACAGACAAGUGACUGGUGCUGUGAUUGUAGGAGCUCUGGCUGUGGGGCUUGUGCCCACAGUCCUGGGUGCCAUGGGUUUCACUAGGGCAGGCAUUGCAGCCUCAGUGUUAGCAUGCAAGAAAAUGACAGCAGCAGCAAUCACCAGUCGGGGUGGAGUUGCAGUCGGAAGCCUGGUGGCCACCCUCCGGUUGGUGGGGGCAGCUGGGCUCUUUGCUUAA